CGCGCCGCUCCGAUCUUGUCAUUUGUGCGAUUUUUAAAAAUCCUUUCCCUAAUUCAUGAGCAGCAUUUAUGCUGUGUUUAUUUAGUUAACGACACCUGAAAAAUAUAUAUGUUUAAAGUUGGCCAGAGAGACUAAACCCGUUACAAAUCUGGAUGAAAAAAUAAUGAUUGCGGCGUCAGAACCUAUGGAGUUUGUGCCUCAUGGCAGGACUGUGAUAGCAAACCAUCCAGGGAAAACCUAUGGCAAGGGUCCAAAUAGUUUGGUCUCAGAGAAUUCUUUAUUGUACAAAUUGACUAACUUUGCCAUCAAAGAUGAAACUUUACUUGAGAAUAAAGAAGCAGAUGACCGGGAAUGGUGGUGCAUUCGAGAAGUUUAUUACAGAAGCACUGACAAUGUGGAUGACGAGCCCAAUCAAUCACAGAGGGACCCCAAAUAUGACUACAUAUCUGAAUCAUUCAGACCACCGAGCCGUCUCAAAACAGACUUCAAUAUUUCUAUAAAAUCUGAACUUCUUAGUGGUGUUAAAAAAUUAGAAACAGAAUGUGCUAAUUCUGCCGGUACUUCAAGAGGAGGCAGCGCAAAUAGUUCUAGUAAUAUGUCUAAAAAGUUUCACUUGAAUAGUGCACAAAGUAAAGGUCUUAAUUAUAAACCUCUUAAUCCAAAAACUGACUGCUCAUAUGAAGAGGAACUUUAUAUAAAAGGAUGCACUGCAGUCUGGUCUAAAGGUUUGAUUUCUACACCUGCUACUAAACUGUCUACACCCGAACAUAGAGAAACAAUUUGUUGUUACACCAUAGAGAAUCCAAUAAAACAUGCAGCAUUCUGCAACUUUCAUGUCAGCAUUAACAAUACCAUGCUUAUUGAUGCUUUAAACUCUCAGAUAGCAGAUGAGAAAAAGAAUAUGAAGAUAGAAGAUACAACUGAAAAUAUACAAACAAAAGUUAUGCCUACCAUAGUACUUAUGGAUAACAAGUGCAUGAAAGUUUUUGGAACAGAUGGCAGGGAAUACAUAAAUAGUGUACCAUUCCAAGUCAAAAAGAUUUGGCCCAUGAAAUAUGGAUUAUUGAUUGAAAAGCAAGCAACACCAAUGAUGCAUAAUUCAAUGUUACCAGCUUCAUUUAUUAAAUUCAACGAAUCUCACAAUAGUACAUUUUCGAGAUCAAAAUCACAUUUUCCUUUUAACAUGAGCGCUCGACUGCGAGCUGAGUCUGUGUCGGGAUAUGAACAAGAUGUACCUUUACCAACUUGCUUCUCCCUAUCUCAUCCUUUAGAUGAAGUAACACCUAUACUCAUGAAGUCCACGUCACAAGGCUUGCAAUAUUACAAUGAUGGAGAUAUUCAAAUAAUAUUUGUUAAUAUUAGUCCAAGCAUAAUUCUUCUAUAUGAUUCGAAAUUAGGGACUCACUCUUUAUGGAAGAUUAGAAAAGCAAUGCGGGAUGAAUGUCUGUCAAUGUGUCCCAAUACUAACACAACUACAACUAUGUUCAGUCAGUCAUGUGACUUCAUUGGCAGUCCUAUGAACAGCAACAUUGGCAAGAAUGCAACAAGUUGGGUGACUGGUAUAGGAAGCCCAUACCAAUCUAGGAAAGGGCCAAAUACACCAACAUUUUCAAAGUCACGUCAAAAUAGUCCGAUGGCAAAUAUAUUUCACCAACAGGGUAUGUCACCUCAUGCAUCAAUUGGCCAAGCAUCCUCUAUAUCCAUGAUGGCAAAUACAGUGACUCAAACUACUCCUCUGUUGCCUUUGUAUCCUGAUAUUUGUUUGGACCACAUUUGGACAGACAACCAGACUCUUCGCCGUGAUCGUGUCGAAAGUCCAUCCGAUAUGAAAGCGUUCUUGCAUACAGAUCUAGUCGGUCAUGAAUAUCUUUGUUUCAUUGUUAAAGUCAAUGGCGUCAGUAGACUUCAAAUUAUACGCCUGCAGAAGUCCAAUUCUCAUGGACAGACAUCUAAAUGUAACUUGAUUGUGGGAUCAGUAUCUUCAGUAUUGGCUAAAGAUGCUGUUGUAUUAGAACAUCUGAAAAUGAUAGCACUUAUAGAUGAGUCUGGAAAUAUUAUACUGCAUUCUGGAAACAGUGUUGUUGGCAAGGUGCAUGUAGGUGGAGUUCUGGCUCGGCUAAUUGACUCGCCAUACACCAAGCGCACGGCGUUUCAGUCACCGUUCCCUCGGCGUAGCAGUUUGUUACCGAGCCGAUGUAACGACGCGUCCUCGUUCGACGAUUCAGCAUUACAUUUACUUUCACCUGUGCCCCAUACUUCUGCGUCGAGGUUAGAACAGAAGGAAACUAUUGGACUCAAUUGCUUGUGCGAUGCCGCAGGAUCCCGUCUGACAUUACUGUUCGACUCAGGCGCGAUGUAUCGCAUAUCACUGCCCACGAUAUCUUGCUCAUCGCUCGUCACUCGGUGUUGCACCACCCUAAAAGCUAUACUGCCCAAAGAUGUAACUAUGCAGAUAAUAAUUAAAUGGUACGGCGUACGAAACGCACCGGGUUCUCAAGAUUUGACUCCAGAGCAAGAGUGGUCAAUGUUUUCAAAUCUUCUAUUCUCUUUGAUCGGUUACGACGUAGAAAGGUUAUCGCAAACGAAACAGAAUGAGGAACAAGAACACACUGAAGUGGCCACGAAGAAACAACGCACAUCUAGUGACGGCACCCAAGAAGAUUGGGAGUAUCUAUUAAAGUCGAAGCUCCAUAGAACUAUAGGAAGUUCUUUAGCAAGUAUGUUGCAUAUAGCUUCGGCCAGUGCUGAUGCUAAAGGAAUGAGAUCUAUCCGGUCAAGAAAUAGUAUGGAAACAGAGAAGGCUUCACAAUUUAAUCCUAAUGCUUUAUUGUUCCCGUAUACAGUGCAAAUAUUGUAUGCCUUCCAUUUGGUGUACGAAGAGAUUAAGUUGAACACGCUACUUUAUUCAGAUUUGAGACCGCUCUCUGGGUUUCUGUACCAGAUCUCUAAAGAUUUGAAGUUGGACAGUUAUGUGAAUCACUAUUGGUUGGACUUUCCAACGGAUUGCAGCUUAGAAUAUGAAGAGAAUGAGUCGCAGUUGUGUGACAGUGUAUUGCAAAAGUUGAACCAACCUGGGUAUUUUAACUGCGAACCACCGAAUGUGUUUAACUAUUUGAAUUCGAUGCUAUUGGACAUUGACGUAGGCUACUACCCAUAUUUGCCGGAAGUCAACGACAUGUCGAGGAAUGUUAUAGAAGUACUAACUAUAGUAGGUUGCGGGCGAUGCGCCGGAGUGCAGACGAUAACCAGACGGGACAAUAUGACAGCGAGCACUCCGCGCGGUAGACGCGAUUGUGCACAAUAUUCCUCGCCGUACUGUCAGGCCGUCAUCACCGUGUGUGAGAGAGGAAUGACUCCUCGUGACGUGGAUAAUUUACCUCCCGCCAUAGGGCUGUUGCUUCUUACUAUAUUUAGCCGUUGUAAGAGCGAACCGCCCGUGGAUUGGCCCGCGGAAGCGUACAACCUUGUCAUGAGGGAAGACUUGGCAUUGCAAGCUGAAAUCUCGGAAACUCUCAAGUCAACAUCCGAGUAUAUGGAAUCUCUCGCUUUAGAAGUUCUGGAGAAAGAAACCGCAUACUCUCUGAACAGCAACAAAAUGGAGGAACAGGUGCAGCCUAAAAACGAAGAGAAUGACACAAUCACUGGCAUGGAACAUCUUAACACUAAACUGUUGAGUUUAUUGUAUCCUAGAGAUCACAGAAUGGCAGAAGUAUUCAACCUCCUGCAAUCGUCAAUACCAGUCACUAUAAACUUGACGCAGCGGCCUGAAGUUUCGGACCAUGAUUUCAUAGAAGAACAGGAAAAACACCUUUAUGCCCUAAGCACAAGGACUAUGGCUUUACCAGUUGCGAGGGGCAUGUUAACUCUCCGUAGCUUACCAUGCACUCCAACUGAGCCCUUAACUUUACCGAAACUCUGUGUAUCAGGGAGAGGUCCUCCCCCUAGGUGUAAUACUAUCAACUUGGGCGGGGGAGACGCCUCUCCCCAAUGUCUCUUAUGGCCCACUUUCCACAACGGCGUAGCUGCUGGACUAGCGCUCGUACCUAUGACUGGAGCGAGCAUAGAUUCCAGUUGGGUCAUCUAUAAUAAGCCGCGAGGCACCACAGAAAUGUCUACAGAACAUGCGGGUUUCCUCAUGGCUCUGGGUUUAAACGGCCAUUUACGGGAUAUGCCCUUUAUGAAUAUGUACGAAUAUUUUGUCAAGUGCCAUGAGAUGAUCAGUAUCGGCCUGUUACUUGGACUCGCUGCUACGUACAGAGGAACGAUGGACGUCCAAGCCACGAAAAUGAUGAGCAUACACUUAGAACCCCUAUUACCUCCAACGUCUAUAGAACUAGAUAUACAACAAAACAUACUGGUAGCGGCCUUACUGGGCGUUGGCCUUAUAUACCAAGAUACUGGCCAUAUACACUACGCACAAGUGCUACUCAAUGAAAUAGGUAAACCUCCAGGCCCCGAAAUGGAGAACUGCGUAGAGAGAGAAGGCUACGCGUUAGCCGCUGGGCUUGCCCUAGGUUUAGUUUGCGUACGCGCCGGUGCUAGUGCGCCCGAUCAUAUCGCGCAAAGGCUGCGGACUUAUAUGCUGGGGGGAGACAAACACCCGCUUACUGGUGCCCAGAAAGAGAAAUACAAGCAAGGCUCGUUUGCCAUCCGUGAAGGUCAAACUGUAAAUCUAGACGUAACUUCACCCGGUGCUACAGUUGCUCUAGGUUUAAUAUACCUGAGAUCUAAUAACGCGGCUUUAGCGGGUUGGCUUCAAGCCCCGACUACUGCUUACCAAUUGGACUUUGUGAGGCCAGAUCUACUCAUGCUGAGGAUUAUAUCUAGAGGAUUAGUGUUGUGGGACAGUAUAGAAGCAAGCGAGGAAUGGAUUGAAGAUCAAGUGCCUUCUACGAUAAAACCGUACUGUUUUGUGAAACCUACCGAAGACCACAUUGACUACGAAGCUAUGAAUCAAGCAUAUUGCAACAUAAUAGCCGGGGCUUGCUUCUCCGUGGGGCUUCGAUUCGCCGGCUCCGGCGAUGAAGACGCUAAAGAUGCAGUCUUACAUUACGCGAGACUGUUCCUAGCACUAGGCGGAAAGAGUGUAGCGGAAUUAGCCGGCCGAUCUACGCUAGAAGCUUGUCUGUGCGUCUGUCUGUUGUCAGCGGGUAUGAUAAUGGCGGGUCGCGGUGAUCUUGACGUCCUGCGUCUUUGUCGAAGGCUCAGAGCGCGAGUCCCCUCCGCACCUGUAGCCCCGUCUGCACCCGCACUCACUCACGGUGGACAGAUGGCAGUACAUUGUACCAUAGGACUACUGUUUCUCGGAGAAGGCAGAGCUACACUGAGCACAACGCCGACGGCCAUAGCAGCUUUGUUAGCUGCAUUCUUUCCCAAAUUCCCUACGCACAGUGAAGAUAAUAGAUACCAUCUACAAGCAUUCAGGCAUCUUUACGUAUUAGCCGUGGAGACUAGGCUAAUAUUGCCACGGGAUCUCACCACUGGAAAACUAUGUUAUGCCCACAUACAGGUUAUAGACUUGCAAGGUAUAGUGAAGGAAAUGAAAGCGCCCUGCAUUAUACCUGAACUCGACACACUAAAGGAGGUGAAAAUAAACGACGACAGGUAUUGGCCAAUCACAUUCCAGCGGGACCGGAACUGGGAUCAAUUGAAAAUUUUACUGGAGUACACGUGGUGCAUAGAUAUAAAGCAACGCGCAGGUUGUCUAUCAUAUUUGGACGAUCCGCAAGGUUUCCUCACAAUAUUGGCCCAAACUUUAACCCUAGACAAGACCAACAUUUGGUCUGCAGCACCCGACAAUAUAGAAUUAUUCACAAACGACGACAAAGUGAGAAACUUCGUCAAGCACUACUUGUCUAAAGACGCGAAUGUUGGCGGCGCAAAUAUUUGUGCCGACUGCUUAUUGAUCAAUAAAAAGAGGAAGGGCGUGAAAAAUGAACCGUUUAUAAGUAAACAGUGUUUGUGCAGAAAGUACAGUAAGGAAGAGCAGGAACAUAUUCAAGGAUUGAGCAUGGUGACAUAUGAGUGCGUCGUCAAAGAUAUAUUGUGCGCUUUGCCUAUAUGGACUACGUUCUUAAAGAUAGUGAAAACCAUGAAGACAGAUCCCUCGACGUACCAUAUGUGGCAAAUCAAAAUGCUGCUAUCUCAAAUCGAGAGCCACAACCGACGAAUAUUGGACGAAAUGAAAGUUGACGGGCAAGACGUACAAAACGAGCCUCUCAUAUCCACAGAAUUUACACUAGCCAUAAAACAGCGCGUUUGCAACAUAUUCGAUGGGUGGGAGAUUAAAAUUAUACCUUAUUUGCGAAAAUAUCUCGGUUUACCCAGCAGCAGAAAAAUUAGUUCUUCCGACGAAGAUAUGAGAAAGAUUCUCAGUUCUUAUUUAGUGUUUCACGAUUUACCUAAGGGUGUUUUGAGAAGUGUUUCUAGUGACAAUGAAUUGGGAGUAAUUUUGGACUUGGAAAGAUACAAUUUGAGUGUGGAUGCUUUAAGUAAAAUAGAGACUUUGCUUAGAUGAUUGAGGUCUUUGUCUUGCGGGUAUGUGACCCGUUCGCAAUGCCACGGCGAUUGCGUACAUGACUGGUGUUGACUGAUAGAAAAGUAAGUCUUUUAGGGUUCCGUACCUCAAAAGGAAAAAACGGAACCCUUAUAGGAUCACUUUGUUGUCUGUCCGUUCGUCCGUCCGUCUGUCAAGACGUUUUUCUCAGGACACCGUAAGAUAUCAAACUGAAAUUCAUAUCUAAUACUCAAGUCUACUGUCCCUUGAAGCUGUAAAAAGUCAAACUUCUAAGCCAAAGCAAUCAAAAGAUACAGCUGUUUAUGCCGCAAAUUUUCGAAACGUUCGGGAAUCAAAAUCUACAGGGUACUUCCGUCCCGUGAACUUAGAAUCUUGAAAGGACAUUGAGCAAAAAUGUAUGGACGCUGCACCCACGUCCGCCACGACUUAAACUACAUUUGCUUGAAAGGUAAUAUAGUCAUGAUCAUUUGUGCCAAAGCGCAUCAAAUUCCAGCCCGGGAGUCUUUAGUUAUUUUAAGUUAAAUAGGUACAAGGACUAUGACGAACGAACAUUAGUGAAACAAGGGAAUUAAUUUAGUUAGUUCGACACUACAUAGGGGGCUCAGGUAUUAUGGGAGUACUUCACAAGGUUCAAGGGUUUGACAAAACAGAUAAUUGUGUUCCAAUGUCCAAAGCGUGUUAGAUAAAAAUCAAUCAAGUGACAGGGAGCGCAUAAUCACAACGAAGUAAGACGAGUUGACUAUUUGCACCUGCAAGUCCUUACCCCAACCCGCGUAAACCGUUUUGAAGUGGCUCAGUAAGUGCAAGCGCAGGAUGGAUCGGCAGGAUUUCUUGUAUAUCUGAUUGUUUAAUACGAUAUGGCAUAUUAUUAUGGUUACUAAUAAAAUAAAAAACGUACUAUAAAAUGAAUUUAUUUAGAUACUUAAAUAUGCCCAUGUGUCAUAUCUUUUGACUAGGUACCAGGAUUUUCUUUACGGUGUCAUAUCAUUUGACUCCCAGGAUAUUUUUUACGGUGUCAUAAUAAAAAAAGGCUAGUUUUUCAUAGAUCUAUCGAUUAAUACUAAUUACACUGAUGGCGGAGCUGGGUGUGUUUUGACCAUUGCCCUUUGGUACGAAGUUACGUCUUAUAGUACAGAUAAAGGAAAAUAUGCGAAAUCCGUCAAUUUUUAGUUACAUCAUAUAAUAAAAAAUAUUUUAGGAAAUUCAGGUUUGUACGGAACCCUCGGUGGCGCGAGUCCAACUCGCACUUGGCCGGUUUUUUUCUUCUUAUACGUACCUAGAUGAGACGAGAUCAAAUUUGAGGUUUUAUUUUUACUAAAAAAGUGUUCAUCUGUUAAAUGCCACAUUGAGUUACCUACUAAUUAACAUGCAUUCAUAAUGACCCAGUGAUCUUUCGCUGGAUUGUAUUACAUAUUGUAUAUAAUACUGUGAAUAAUUAUAAUAUUGAUGUUAAAAACCGCAUAAAACUCCGUUGCACUGUUUAGGAAAAUGGAUGACCGGACAGACGCGGAAUUCGACUAUGUACAUAUUAUAAAAACGUUACUUUAAAAAAAAAGCAAGUUCAAAGAAUGCUAAUACAGUGUAAUCUACCUAUAUUAAAACUGAGUAGUUCAACUAUACUUAAAUACCUUUUACAUUUAAUUAUUUGUUGCUUCUGAUGUAACUUGGUAUAAUGACUAUUUUAACAAAGGAGAACAACCACUUUGUAUGGGGGGUUGGUACAGAUACCAAGUUCUUUGUACAGAAGCGAAGUAUAUACCAUUGUAAAGCUUAUUGUUAAUGUAUACUGCCGAUCUUAAAUUAAAUUCUAAAAGUGUCUAAGCUAUAAUAUUUAAUAAAAUUAAGAGAUGUCACACAAUUUGCUCAAAGAAAAGGGAACUUUGAAAAUAUCGAUUUUCAAAAUCGAAAAUUGUUCAUAAGUUGAUAAUAUGUCUCUUGUUCGCCAUAAAUCACCUAUCGCUGUUAGUAAAAAUGUUGAUAUUUGAGCUCCUUACUUGAGUAAGCGUAAGUUAAUUAUUCAAAAUAAUCCCUUCACGUCAGAAGGACCAUUGAUGGUGCUACUGACGUACUUAAACGUCACUAGUACCCUUAAGAAAUACAAAAUAACCGCCCCCUUGUGUUUAUUCGCUAAAGUACCAUUGCUAGUACUACUGACGUAAAAAUGUUUUUACAUCACUAUUUCCAUUUAAAUAUAUACAAUAUAUUCCUCCCGUGUUUACUGGCUCAAAUACCAAUGAUGGUACUUUUGACACAAUGGUCCUGAUCAAUGGUACAUCUGACGUAAAGGGAAAAUGAUUCCUCACAUAUUCACUAAUCGAGUCACACGCUUACUAAAAUGUAUGUACUUAAACAAUGUGUUACCUAAAGCUUUUCGUCGAAAAUAUUUAAAAAUCAUUAACAAUCAAAAGUGUGGUAAAUAUUCCCUAGCACACAAUAGAAAGAAAUAUGUAUGUAUUAGCAACAUUUUAAUAGACUCGAGUGUAUUGGUACUGAAAUGUAAAUUGUUAUAAGUGUUUGAUCAACAUUUGAUGUUGCUGUUUUACCUGAAUAAAACACAUUUUGUUUAACUCGUUUACUAUAUUUCUUUAAGAUACCUAGCUAGGAAAUCUGAUGGUUAUGACUAACUAUACUUUAUGGUGUUCACAAUACAUUAUAUGGACUGCUUAUCUAACUACUUAUAUAAAAUUUAUCUUGUGCAAAAAACGGUUUCUUUGGACUUUGUUUUGUAGUGUGUGAACUAGACAUAUGCACACACACAUCUCUCUUAAUAUAUAUAGCUUUGCAUAUCAAAUAAAUGCUC